CCUUGGCUUAGCCAGUUCAGUACCUUAUUUAAAUACAUAGCUUUGUGCUUGGAAAUGACAACACUUGUAAAUACAAAUUCUGGUCUUGUAUGAUCCUAAUUCACUCUCAUUAUUUUGGAUCUUCUCUUCACUUGGGUAUUCACAACAUAAUGGCCAGAGUUAUGUUUGUUUUGGCAAGCCUCAUUGGAUUAUGCUGCUUCACAAUCAAUACCUAUGCCUUCACUCCUUCUGGAUGGACCAAUGGCCAUGCCACCUUUUAUGGGGGUAGCGAUGCCUCAGGAACAAUGGGAGGAGCUUGUGGGUAUGGGAAUCUGUAUUCAACAGGGUAUGGGACUAGAACUGCAGCUUUGAGCACUGCCUUAUUCAAUGAUGGAGCUUCAUGUGGAGAGUGCUACAAAAUCAUAUGUGACUAUAAAACUGACGCCAGAUGGUGCAUAAAAGGAAGAUCUAUUACCAUAACCGCCACGAACUUCUGCCCUCCCAAUUUUGCUCUUCCCAACAACAACGGAGGAUGGUGCAACCCACCUCUCAAGCAUUUUGACAUGGCUCAACCCGCAUGGGAGAAGAUUGGAAUUUACAGAGGAGGAAUAGUGCCUGUGUUGUUCCAAAGGGUUCCAUGCAAAAAGCAUGGAGGGGUGAGGUUCAGUGUGAAUGGGAGAGACUACUUUGAGCUUGUUAUGAUCAGCAAUGUGGCUGGUGCUGGAUCCAUCCAAUCUGUGUCCAUCAAAGGCUCCAAGACUGGGUGGCUGUCCAUGUCAAGAAACUGGGGUGCAAAUUGGCAAUCCAAUGCUUUCUUGAAUGGCCAAUCUUUGUCAUUCAGGAUCACAACCACUGAUGGAGAAACCAGAGUCUUCCCAGAUGUUGUUCCAGGAAACUGGGCUUUUGGCCAGACUUUCUCUAGCAAAGUCCAAUUCUAAUUAAGCCCAUAAGUUGGAGUUAUGGGCUUUGGGUUUUGGAUUUUAGAUUUUGCCAUGACCAGAACGUACGGCUGAGGCGUGCUUUCUUAUUUUAUUACUGGAGCAGCCCGCCACCCCUACUCUGGUUUGGACAAUCUUCUGGGGGACCAAACUCAUCAACUCCACACGGCAUGCAUUAUUGAUACUUUGUUUGUUAUCAAUUACAAUAUUUUUCGGAAGCUCAAGCUCAAGGAUAUGUAGAAAUAAUUAUAUAUGCAUCUUUUUCAGUUAAUUUAUAUUUACACUAUAUAUUAUUGUAAUGAUAUGAAUUGAAUACUAUUGUUGUAGUUGUAUCCCGGGAGUUAGGAAAAUAAUAAUUCCCUCAAAUUUCCAA